GACGAGACGAUGACGACGAAAGGCUGUUUGUACCGUUUUCCGUAUUUCGCGCGCGUGCUCGCGCGCACACUCACGCGCACACACACACACACACGGGUGCGCGCGCAACGACGAGAUGAAAUUAUUAUCGUGUAAAAUCUAUAAAUUCGAUCGUGAUUCGCGCGAGUAGAUAUACGUGAUUAAAAGUUCGCUGGCUGUUUGAUUACGUUGGAAACAAACGCAUUUAUCCUUCGAGCGUAUCGUUGUCUGGCGUCACGUGCAGCGCGACGCCCGCUACGCGCCGCCAUGAGAUCGUGCUCAGAACUCAUGACGUGCUCGAUGCGUGCGAUGUAGUUACGCGUCUCUAACGUUGAUCGUUCCUCUUAUUAUUAUUGCUCGCGGACGUCGGCAAAAAUUGUUACUUGUCCACCGAAAGUAUCUUGAGACGAAGCCGAAAGAGACGAAUUGACCCGAUGCCGAGGCUCUUACCGAAAAUCUUCAAAGUAUAACUAUAUCUACAUGACGACGAGCUAGUGUAUCAGUUUCGAGUCAGCGUCUUGUGAAGCGAUCGUCGUCUUCACGUCGAUACAAUCGUGAAAAAGGAAGACACUCGACUCGGUGGAACAUCGUGUAGCUUCCUUCGUAGAAUUCUCGUCGAAGUCAGCGAGAUACAAAAGUCCAGUGACGAAGACAGUGCUCGCUUAUCGUCAUGUCUGUUCGUCGGAGAACUGAUCCUUACAUGACCCAACGGAUAUGGGACGCUAUCAAAAUAACGGUGCAUCAGAGGAGUUUACCGAGCAACGAUCGUAUGGUGCGGCACCUCGCUCGAGUCUACGGGAUCACGGAGCAAGAGGCGCAGGAAGAAUUGAACAAGGCGGUUGCCGACGGACUCGUGCAUUUGAAGAAGGUGCCUACGAAGAACGGUAUAGAGCAAGAGAGUUACAGAUUGCCGUUGGACAUUAUACAGAACGACGGCCACGACUGGUACUGCUGCAAGUGCCAGAAAGCGGGGCCGGUAGAAUGUUGUCAACAGUGUCACAGAGUUUAUCAUCCCGAGUGUCACGUACCCACUAGCGCUAAAUUGAAGAUCUGCAGUUUCUGCGAAAGCGUGAACAACGACACGUAUCCGGACAAGACCGAUCUGAAUCACAUACUGAGCUUUACCUGCGGGCAUCUCAAGGCAAAAUUACCGCCGGAGAUCACCAAUCGUACCAUCGUGUUCAACAACGAUCCCGUCGUCGCACCACCGAACAGACACUCGGGUCCGACCUGGAUCAGCGAAGGGGAAGACGCAUGGCGACCGGGUGUACUCAUUAAGAAUCACAUGGAUCUGGCGAUCAUGGACGCGCGGAUCAAAAAGAACGAAUACAACAGUUUAGCCGAGUUUCAAGCGGACGCGCACAACAUCUUGCACAACAUCAUCGUGUACCACGGAGCUCACAGCAUAAUUGGAGAAAUGGGCAACACUAUGUAUCAAGACUGCUGCUACGAUCUUCAAGAGAUCCGUCGUUGCGCCGACUGCUACAGGAUAUCGAACGAAAAAUCGGAGAAACUAUGGUUCUGCAUACCCUGCAGGCCGCCGCAUCAGUUGGUAUACGCCAAGCAAAAGGGGUAUCCGUACUGGCCGGCCAAAGUGAUGCGGGUCAACGGGAACAUUUACGACGUCCGGUUCUUCGGCGGUCAUCACAUGCGAGCCAACAUUGAGAAAGUGUUUAUUCGUCCGAUCACGUCCAGCCUACAGAGUCUACAGAUAAAAAGGUCCACCGCUUGGAACAGAGCGUUCGAAGAAUUGAGGCACCAUCAGGGUCUAUUACACAAGACGGGCAAGAGCAUCGGGGAGUUGGAGGUCGGUGGCGGCGGCAAUGAUGACGACGACGACGACGACGACGACGACGACGACGACGACGACGACGACGAUGAGAACGACGAGGACGGCGACGGCGACGGCGACGACGACGAGGGUCCAAAGGCCAAGAUCCGACGCAGAGAAUCGUCAGGCUCAAGAAACACGACGGCGGACAUUCAGAGUCCUUGUUCGAAACAAGUCACGAAGGAUCUGAGAGUGAAAGUGGAACGUCUCAGUUCAGAAGGUCACGGUGACGCAAACCAGGAGGAGACCGAACACGGUCGACGCUCGCCAAAGAACAAGGCCAACAGCGAGGAGAGGCAAGUGCCUCGUCUACCGGUGGCGGAAGACGAACCCGCCGGAGGGAUAUCCAGCAGCUGCCCACAGGGAUUGAAGAAGGAAGGCUCUCAAGAAGACAUGGUGACGUCCAGCUCUCAGGAACCAAGGACCAAAUGCGUCUCCGUGCAAACGGAACAAGUACAAACGGAAUCGUUACCGGCGAAGAUAAAGAGGGAACGUAGGACGUCGGAGCAACCUACCACGACGGCGUUAGAAAAAUUGCGACGCGAAUUAGAACUGGAAAAGUGUAAAGAACUGGAGAAGCUACAAGCCGAACACGCCAAAGAAGUACGGCAACUGACGGACAGGCAUCAGCAAAUCAUAUCGGAGAUAAAGAAGAAACAAUGGUGUUACAAUUGCGAAGCCGAAGCGAUAUAUCAUUGCUGUUGGAACACGGCGUAUUGCAGCACCGACUGUCAGCAAGUCCACUGGCAACGCGAACACAAAAGAGUCUGUCGACGCAAGCGUUAACAACGCUCGUAACAGCGGCAGCGUGUGUGUAAGGAGCACGUCAAUACAUUCUCAACAUCGAUUCGCGAAAACCUGCCCUCUCGAGUUUCCCGUUCACGCGGACGUAUUCGUCCCGCGUGCAACGAUCUCUCGUUCGUGACGACGGCGACGCAACAGAUACGUACGUAUCGUCGUAUAACGUUUCUUCGUCUCUACGAAGAAUUCGGGACCGCGAGGUUCGACAGCGAGGCGAGACGGCAGACACACAUAUUUUGUAUACCUGAAACAACAGCGGUACGAGACAGUCGGGAAUGCGGGGAUACGAACAGGAUUCAGAGUGCACAUAUAAAUACAUCGAAGACGUCACAGUGUAUCAUAUAUUUACCGAUUACCGUACAGUCUUGCGAAUAAAAUCGAACUCGCACUAAAAAAUUA